AUGGAUUUUUCUUUGAAAUUAGCCAUCAUUCGUACUGAGGUUUUAAUGUCAGUCAUCAUGGAAACAGACGGUGGUGUCAACAGAACAAAGGGUGUCACUUAUAUACAUCCCUGCUACGAGAUUGAUAAUUUCAGUUACAAUUUCACCACAACUCCUUCUGCAAUCUGUGUAUUGCUGUAUGCUUUCCUUUCACUUCUGUGUUUUGGUGCAGUAUGUGGAAACCUUCUUGUAAUAAUCUCCAUCAUUUACUUCAAACAGCUUCAAACUCCUACUAAUUCUCUUAUUCUGUCUCUGGCUGUGGCUGACCUGCUUGUGGGGAUAAUAGUGUUUCCUUUCAGCAUGGCAUUCUCUCUCAGCUCAUGUAUGUAUCAUGAAGGUUUAUUCUGUAAAGUACGGGGCAGCUUUGAUGUAUUGCUCAGCACGUGCUCUAUUAUGCACCUAAGUUGCAUUUCUGUUGACAGAUAUUAUGCAAUUUGUCAUCCAUUAACAUAUAAAUCUAAAAUUAGUCAUCGUGUUGUUGUCAUUAUGAUUGCUGUAAGCUGGAGUGUUUCUGCUUUAAUUGGAAUUGGAGUGACCAUUUCUGGAUUAAACAAUGAACAGGGUGAGGAAACAUCAUUUAUUGACAUUCUCAUGGCAAACACAGUUGGACCUAUUUUAUCGUUUUACCUUCCAGUUAUCCUAAUGUUGUGCAUCUACCUGAAGAUUUUUCUUGUUGCACAAAGACAGGCACGAAGCAUCCAAAAUAGGAUGAAAUGUGGAGUAUAUGUCAGUAAAACAGAGAAAAAAGCCACCAAAACAUUGGCAACUGUUCUGGGAGUGUUUCUUUUUUGUUGGACUCCUUUUUUCCUUUGCAUUACUUUUCUGCCCUUUACCAACAAUUUAGUACCAAUUGCUGUAAUUGAAACACUUAAUUGGCUCACGUUGUCUAAUUCAAUGUUGAAUCCUUUCAUUUACGCUUUCUUUUACAGCUGGUUCAGGUCAGCCUUUAAACUCAUUAUUUUUGGAAAAAUGUUUCAAAAUGAUUUUGCUAACUUUAAAUUGCAUGGACUCACUGCUUGA